AUGAAAAUCAGGACUCCUCUCAACAAGACCAGGCAUGCCACAAUAAUCCGUGCCUACACUGCAGGCCCUGACAAUGUGAAAGAGCAGUUCUACUCAGAGCCAGACAACAUCAUCCAAUCAACUCCCCAGAGUGACAAACUAAUCAUUGCUAGAGACUUCAAUGACAGGAUGGGCAAAGACAGCACCAACUGUGUGGGGACCCUCUCCGCCGACCCCAUACUGGGGACCCUCUCUGCAUGCCCUGGACUGGGGAACCUUGUUGCGGAACCCGGACAGGGGACCCUCGCUGCUGGCCCCGGACUGAGGACCCUCGCUGUGGGCCCCGAACUGGGCACCCUCGCUGCAGGCCCCGGACUGGGCACCCUCAUUGCGGCCCCAGACUGGAGGCCGUCGCUGGAGGCUCCGGAUUGGAGAACGUCGCUGGUAGCUCCGGACUGGACGACCCUCGCCACGGGUCCCGAAUGGACGGGAGACUCCGGCAGCACGGGAGACUUCGGCGGCACCAGACGGGCGGGAGACUCCGGUGGCGCCGGAGUGAAGGACGGCUCCGGUGGCUCCUGGCUGUACCCACUGAGUUGUGAGGAAGAAUACUUCCCCCUGGCCUUCUCGCUGGUUGUCCACCACAAGGUUGAGAACUUUGAGAGGCUGCUUAGAGCCAUCUACGCCCCCCAAAACUUUUACUGCGUCCACGUGGAUAUAAAGGCCAAAGCGUCCUUCCUUGCUUCCAUCAAAGCCAUCACAUCCUGCUUUGAAAAUGUGUUCUUGGCCAGCCAUCCGGUCAGUGUCCAGGCUGAUAUCAACUGUAUAAGUGAUCUGUACAGGGCUAGUUCACACUGGAAGUAUUUCAUUAACCUCUGUGGCCAGGACUUCCCCAUCAAGACCAACCUGGAGAUGGUGCGCAGCCUGUGGGCUCUGGCUGGGGACAACAGCAUGGAGUCGGAGGCCAGGCCCAGAGGUAAGAAGUCGCGCUGGAAGAAAGUGCAUCAGAUUGUUGAUGGCAAACUUCAAAGAACAGAGCAGAACAAAGCUCCUCCGCCCUUUGGUAUACCCAUCUUGUCAGGUGGGGCAUACAUUGUGGUGAAUAGGGGCUUUGUGCGUGCUGUGCUGGAGGACAGCAAUGUGUUGGCUCUUAUUCGGUGGGAUAAUGAGACUUGGAGUCCUGAUGAGUUCCUGUGGGCCACCAUCCAGAGGCUUCCUGGCGUGCCCGGCUCCAUGCGCCCCAAGUUAGACAUGACGGACAUGCACGCCCUUGCCAGGCUGGUGAAGUGGCUGUGGUUUAGGGGUAUCUAUGUUAAAGUAAUGUGUGUAUAUGGGGCCGGAGACCUGCAGUGGAUGCUGCAGCAGCACCACCUCUUUGCCAACAAGUUUGACACGGACCCCAUUGCUAUCAGAUGUCUGGAGGAGCACCUUAAGCAUAAGGCCCUGGCAGAAAUACACUAA